AUGAGACUGCCGUUAUACCCCGGGCUAUGUGGGGCGGCCAUCAUAUACCUGGGCGUUCGGGUUAUCCUAAAAUACACACCCGAUGUGACUGAUGUGGUGAAAGAGACCCCGGGGUAUUCAGCGAUAGUGCUAUUAGUGGCGGGAGGGCUCGUACUAGUGGUCAGCUUUUUAGUCUGUUGUGGUGCUAUCCGUGAGAGCUAUUGUAUGCUUAACACCUACGGCGGACUCGUAUUCCUAUGUCUGGCAGCCCAGGGUGUCGGCGCUUAUAUGGCCAUCAAAUACAACCACGAUGUUUUGAACAAAGGCAUUAAGUCAGCACUGGAUGCCUACAAAUGGGAGUUAGCCGACGAUGAGGCCACCAAUCGAGCCAUCAAUGAGUUCCAGAAGCAGUUGCAGUGCUGUGGAGGCAAAGACAGAUACGACUGGAACGGGGUUUAUGGCAAACCAGAGGGUCUAUUCCCGGGGUCAUGUUGCAAGGAUAAUGUUAGUAAAGUGGAUGGCAGGUGCAUCAAAAGCAAUACCUGGGAUAAGGGCUGCACUAAAGCCCUAAUCGACUACAUGAAGCUAUAUCUCGGAAGUUUAGGCUAUAUAGCCAUCGGCGUGGCUGUGGUGGAGAUCCUGAUCGUCAUAUCUGCCUGUUGUCUGUGCCGUGAGAUCAACAAUAAAUACGCCACGUAUUCCAAUCCCAAGGCCCGGGUCUAGAGCACCGGUAUGAAGACUAACCACAAGUUCAAUAAUGGCGGGGAGUACUACCAGUCGGGGCCAACUAUUUCGUGAAAUUUCUAGACGCAUACAAAUCGCAUGACAUAAACCUAUUGGGAGUGACCGUCGAGAAUGAGUCAACACGAGGGACUCCAACUGUCUGAACCUAACCGGCCCUAUGGGACGGGAUUUUGUGAAACUCAAUUUAGGGCCAACCCUUGCGAAGGUCGGGUAUGGGAAAGACAAACUCAAUCUAAUGGUAUUCGACGACUACCUCUGUGUUUAUCCAGAAGCCCAUACCGCCUAUACUAGCGGACAGGGAGGCCGCGAAAUACGUGUCAGACAUUGCAUAUCACUAUUGCGGUGGAUAUCCGGACGGAUUGCCGACGGAAAUACACCACAACUACACCGAUAUGUUUCUAUUAAGCCCUGAGGCCUGUCAUCUCGAGGGACCAGAUUUAGGGC